AUGUGGAAUUUAUUGGUAUUGUCUUUCUGUUUUCUGAGCGCGAAUUCAUUUUACCUGCCUGGAUUGGCACCAGUGAAUUUUUGCAAAAAGGAAGAUGAAUCAGAUACUUGUAAGUCCGACGUACAAUUAUUUGUCAACAGAUUAAAUACUGAAGAAUCAGUUAUACCCUAUGAAUACAAUCACUUUGACUUCUGUCUGCCCCAAGAAGAUUUGAAAUCACCUGUUGAAAAUUUGGGGCAAGUUGUAUUCGGAGAAAGAAUCAGACCUUCUCCUUACAAGAUUGAAUUCAUGAAAAAUGAGACUUGUCAACAUGCUUGUCAAAAGAAAUAUUCUGGUGAUGAUAACCUCUCCAAUUUAUUACUCAGCAAACUGAGAAAAGGCAUUGGCCUGAAUUAUCAACAUCACUGGAUUGUAGAUAAUAUGCCUGUCACUACAUGUUAUGACACAGAAGAUAAUGGGCAGUAUUGUACCACUGGUUUUCAGAUGGGCUGUUAUUCUAGGAAUGGGCGUCAAAAUUGUGGUCAGUUUGAAAAUCAAGUUUUCAGUAAAGAUAAUACGUACUACAUUCACAACCAUGUGAAUUUAACAAUCACAUACCAUUCUGGUGCAAAGGAGGAAUGGGGAAGCCAGUUCCAUGAAAAUGGUGGGAGAAUCAUUUCUGUGAAAGUUAUUCCUAGAAGUAUUGAUUAUAAGGGGAAUCCAUGUUCACCAGAAGCGAACGAGCUUUUGAGACUACCAUCCACAAAUCUCAAAUCAGGAGAAACUUUUCAAAUAGAUUACACGUACUCCAUCAACUUUGUACAGAAUAAUCAUGUGAAAUGGUCAUCUAGAUGGGAUUACAUUCUGGAAUCCAUGCCGCACACCAAUAUUCAGUGGUUCAGUAUAUUGAACUCUUUGGUGAUAGUGCUCUUCUUAUCUGGUAUGGUAGCCAUGAUUCUCUUGAGAACAUUGCAUAAGGAUAUAGCCAGGUAUAAUCAAAUCGAUAAUGGCGAAGAUGCACAGGAGGAAUUCGGCUGGAAGCUCGUUCAUGGCGACGUCUUCCGUCCGCCACGCAAGGGUAUGCUGCUGUCCGUACUCCUCGGCUCCGGUGUCCAGGUGCUGUGCAUGACGCUGGUUACGCUGGCGUUCGCCUGCCUGGGCUUCCUCAGCCCGGCCAAUCGCGGCGCGCUCAUGACGUGCGCUAUGGUGCUGUACGUGUUGCUCGGCUCGCCGGCCGGCUACGUCUCGGCCAGGAUCUACAAGAGCUUCGGCGGCGAGAAGUGGAAGUCGAACGUGCUGUUGACGUCGAUGUUGGCGCCGGGAAUUGUAUUUGGAUUGUUCUUCGUCAUGAACCUUGUCCUCUGGGCGAAAGAAAGCUCAGCUGCUGUGCCAUUCAGUACCUUGGUGGGCCUUCUAGCACUGUGGCUACUGGUUUCAGUACCCCUCACCUUCGUUGGAGCCUUCUUCGGCUUCAGAAAGAGGGCCAUCGAACAUCCAGUAAGGACCAAUCAGAUCCCAAGGCUAAUUCCGGAACAGUCUAUUUACACCCAGCCAAUCCCCGGUAUCAUCAUGGGCGGAGUCUUGCCAUUUGGGUGCAUAUUCAUACAGCUUUUCUUCAUUUUGAAUUCCAUUUGGUCCGCGCAAAUGUACUACAUGUUUGGUUUUCUGUUUUUGGUAUUUAUCAUUCUUGUGAUCACGUGUGCUGAGACGACGAUUUUGCUGUGCUAUUUCCAUUUGUGCGCUGAAGAUUACCAUUGGUGGUGGAGAUCGUAUCUCACCUCUGGUUUCACAUCGGUUUAUUUGUUCUGGUAUUGCUGUCAUUACUUUUUCACAAAGUUGCAAAUCGAAGAUGCUGCUUCUGGGUUCUUGUAUUUCGGCUACACUCUCAUUAUGGUGUUUUUAUUCAAUUUGCUGACAGGCAGUAUUGGUUUCUUUGCUUGUUUCUGGUUUAUAAGGAAAAUUUACAGUGUGGUGAAAGUAGACUGA